AUGGAGAUUAUCCAGCAAUCCGAAACCUUCAAAGACGAGAAUGGCAAACUCCAGUUUUGCUGGCAGAGCUUCUACGUCCGACACGAAGGCAACAUACACUACGGAACUGGGACGAUCGGUCGACGAAACCAACGCACCCAAGCCAGCUGCAGAAUCUCAAGCAGAUCAAAACAGAGGAUAUAG